UUUCACCAGAGGGCUAGCUAUACCUUGACUUGCAAGAAAGUAUUAGGCUUAAGUAUUAGUGGUGUUGCUGCUUUUUAGCUUUAGUUACAAUGGAGUGGCGAACUGGAGUUACUGCUUCUUCUAAGUUACCCAAGACUACCCUUAAAGAAGAUGCUCCCUAUGGGAUCCAUAGUACUUUAGUGCACGGGUUUCAAAGUGUAAAGUCAGACCUCAGCUCUCCACAUCCUCUGGAAAUAUCUGAAAAAUUAUAUAAACAGAGCAGGUUCGAGACAAACUUUAAGAUGUUACGCUCGAUUCAAGGUCUACAUGCUCCCCUGAAACUGAUGGCAGAGAGGAAUGCUGCUCUAAAGAUUCAAAGACUACCCUCGCUGCGUAGCUCCAAUGUUAUGUUGGAUGCACUAGAAGGAAGCGAUGAAGUAAUUGGCUUUGAGGACAUCUUGAAUGAUCCAGACGAACCAGAAGUUAUGGGACCACCACACAUGAUGAUGGAAGCAAAGUUAGGCCUGUUAUAAAGUGAAAAAUAAGUUGUCAUCUCAAAUCUUACUAAUCACUAUUAGUGUAGUGAACUAAUGUAUUCUUUGUUAUUAUGAAUAAAUGCAGAGACCUGAAACUU